AUGACGAUGAAGAAACUGCUACUACUGCUCAAACCCUCUGGUUUAUCUGCGCAACCUUCCCACACUCACCCCCGGGUCUUACACUUUUUGAAUAACAGGCAGAAGGUGCAUGGUGAAUCCGUAAACUUUUGUCAAGAAAUUCUGCAGAAAAAGUCAGUUGAAUGGAAAGCAGUGCUUGGAAACAAUUUGACAGAGCCCAUCAAUGAUGUGGACCUGGUUGUUGCAAUUGGUGGUGAUGGAACUCUUCUGCUGGCUAGCCAUUUAAUGGACGACAAAAUUCCUGUUCUUGGAGUGAACUCAGAUCCUACUCGGAUUGAUGAGGUGGAAAAAUUCAGUGGUGAGUUUAAUGCUGCUAGAAGCACGGGUCAUCUUUGUGCUGCAACUGUUGAAAACUUUGAACAUGUUCUAGAUGGUAUACUCGAAAAUCGAAUAGCUCCUUCCAAGUUAACAAGGAUCAAGAUAUCUGUAAAUGCACUAGACUUGCCAACUUAUGCUCUCAACGAUAUCUUAGUUGCAAAUCCGUGUCCUGCUUCAAUCUCUAGAUUCUCCUUCAGAAUUGCAAAGGAAAAUCAACCAUUUUCGCCACUAGUUAACGUUAGAUCAAGCGGUCUAAGGGUUUCAACAGCUGCCGGUUCAACGGCUGCAAUGCAUUCAGCAGGUGGAUUUCCGAUGCUCAUUUUAUCCCGGUUUCUCCAGUACAUGGUAAGGGAACCUAUCUCGCCUGGGGCAGUGUCUGACUCUAUGCAUGGAUUGAUUAAACACAACGAAACAAUGAACACUACAUGGGCUUGUAGAAAAGGUGUGAUAUAUAUUGAUGGCUCCCAUAUCAACUAUGCCAUUAAAGAUGGGGACAUUAUUCAGAUUUCUCCCAAGGCACCUAGUCUGAAAGUUUUCUUGCCUGAUCACUUGUUACGAUUAGCAAAGAUGUAA